AUGAGUCAACAACUAUCUGAUACUCAGUUCCCAUCCUGGUGGGACAUUCAUACACACCGUGCUAAUCCCUUAUGUCGAAUGGCUGUCCUUCGUAGCGCUUACGGAAAUGGACGCUCCAUGGUCGCUGAUUGGGGUCGCACGGGUUCUUGCCAGAUAAUCAACGAGAAGGAGAAUUUGGAGGUAUAUGAGCAGAUCUCCGCCAAUUUGGCCGGCGGACUGCACUUUACCGGCUGUCCGAGACCCCUCCUACAAGCCCACUAUCACCUUUCGGAAUGGUCGCAAGCUAGGCUAGACGAAUGGCUGCUGUCAUCUUCUGCUGCCCACGCCACCGCCCGUGACUUCGGUAUUGCACAACUGCUCGACGAUGCGGUCUUUGGCAGACAAGCCUGUGCUGCAUUCCUUGCCGCUAAAUUUUUUGGUACCGUGCGCAAAAAUAUACCGGCACUUCUGCCGCCGCAACGCGCUGGACGUCGUGUCGAGCCGACUUUUCUGGGUCGCGGCUGUGUCCGCAUAUCUGAAAGUGGACACUGCGGAUCGUCACCUGUGGUCUUCUGGGCUCCCCCGCUCCCACUGCGAUGCGAAAAACCAACAGCGCCCCAUAUAUACUCGGCGCUCCUUGAUGAUCUGUGUCCUCUCUCUCCCGGCUCACCGGCUGCCUUUCAGCUACCUGAGAACUUUUGCAAUUCGUCUGUAUGUGAAUUGGAAACAUUCCAGCUAGAAAAUUCAAAGUACUACAUACUGGUACGGACAACUUCGGGCCAAGUUUUUACUUGCACGACCUCGUAUGAAUCCGGCCCUUCGUUGGACGACGGGGAGAGGGAUGAGGGUGACAGUAGGUGGAAAUUGCUUUCAGCUAACUGUCUACAGCCGCCCGAGUUGGCCUACAGGGCUACCUCAGUGGCCGUCUGCCCCUGGAGACCGCGAACAACGUCCAGCCUUCGGAACCUGGACUGGGCGGUUGCCGGUCGCCGUUGUGGUCCACCUUCUGGUGCCUUUUCUCUUUGCCAUCUUGGUGUAGUCGAACUUUUUGACAGUAAAACAAACAGUCUAUCGUGGCACGGGCAAAUCCCCCUGGAUUGUCCCGGAGAAAACAUAACUUCUGAGAUGGUGGGCGUCAUGUCGGCCUCUAGCAUCACUGUCAGCGAUGGCGGUAGCAUAGAUGAGCAGGAGAUUCUCUGGUACCCCAACCAUGCUGUCUACGACGAUCUCCUAGGCUACUGCUCUGAGGUCAUCCGGACUCGUCAGCAGCGCCGUAUCACACCGGAGCAAGUCCUACGCAGGGCGGAACUGGACUUCCAGUUGAGUCACGCUUCUACCUGGCUUCGCGUCGGUUUCGGCGGCUGGCCUGGCCAGCUUGCUCUCACCACACCAAAGCGCCUCCUUACCCUCGACACUCGGCUGCCGUUGUACACAACCGUGGCU